AUGGCGGGACAACUACAGACCAGUGGUGAUCCUGUCGCGAUAUCGAAUCCGCUCCCAGCGGCUACGACUUCUAUUCUCAGCGGUCCCCCCGAUCAGAUCUCAUACCUCAAAUCUCCGAAGCCAGAGUCGCAUCUCAGUUCUAUUGCUAGUGCCGGCUUACAUACAUCACCGUCUCCUGACUUCGAACCCUCAGCUCCCGCAGCGACUACCGUUGGCAUGGCCAGCUCAGCCGCAGAUCAACCAACGGUGGCUGGGAAGGAACAGGAUACACAACAUCAAGACAGCCCACGUGUAGCUCGGGAAGCACUGAAUGCUGCCGUCGAAACUCGAAAGGAAGAUACGGGUGCCGCACCCGUUCUUCUGAAUAAUGAACCCAACGACUCAAGCCCCAAGGCAGCCCAGGCCUCAGACGACAUGCAGGUAGAUUCGUAUACGAGCUCGAGUCAUUAUGCUGAGCCAUCUACUGGUGCUGAUGAUCAAACCAACCAGACUUUGAUGAAUACGUCGACUGUGGCUAGCCCUGGCCCGAUUGAAGACGUCGCCUCUCAAGAUGGUGACCGACCACGCCCUCAGUCCGUUUUGGCAGAAGAUGCAAACAAGGCCUUCUCAUAUCCGAUGCCCGCAAACAGCCCAUUGGAUCCGCGCCGUGGUCUCAGCCUACCCCAUUCGGGGUUUCAUAAAGGUAGUCCUCGUUCGCCAUCAGCGAAGAAACACCGCUGUCCUUAUUGUUCGACCGAGUUCACGCGCCACCAUAAUCUCAAGUCCCAUCUUCUCACACAUAGCCAAGAGAAACCAUACUGCGGUCGAAGGUUUGCGCGGGGAGAUGCUCUAGCUCGUCACAACAAAGGCCAAGGUGGAUGUGCCGGGCGACGUUCGAGUAUGGGAAGUUACGCAGGCGAAGAAGAUUUCGGGGACGGCACUGUUGGUGCAGAAGACACUAUGGAUGGCCUUAUGUAUACUGAACCCGAGCGAAUGGACGAAGAAGAGGAGCGUCGCCUUGGUAUACCAGGUAUACAAUCGAGCACCAAGCACAUAUCCUCCAAUCGCUUCGACUCAACCGCCGCCACCGCCGCCUGCUCGCGGUCUUUUCCCACCGCCGACGAACCAUGGAGGAUCAAGCUCUUCUACUUCACCCAUAUCUACAAGUGGAACUAUGACUUUUCCUGCAACCGCGCAUUCAUCUACAUCAACAUCAUUUCCCGCUCCUAA